AUGAUCGCACCGGAGGGCCUGGUGCAGUCCAGCCUGGGUAUUUUAUUGAGAAAUCUUCUUGAGAAGUUUCGAUUUGGAUUGCUCAAUCGCGCAAAAACUUUAUCGGAACAACGACGUUAUCGUAAUCUGUUUGCUGGUGCACCAGGGCGUGUCAAUCAAAGAGGCGCUGCGCACAAAUAUCGCUUGCAGUAUAAUACACCAUAUUCACGACAGUCAUCCCAAAUUUCGGUUGCAGUUUGA